GCAUUCUGGAACGCAGUUCAUGUCAGGCCAAAUCCCGUGGUAUUUCCUAGAGUUCAGGCUAGGCCCUGCGAAGCGCGACCUCAGUGCCGCCGGUCUUAGGCGUAUAGUACAGCCGGCUUGCCAUCACCACUUAGUGAUCUUUCUCGUCACUUCCCUGCGUUUUGCUUUCGUGCUUCUCCAGAAAGUGUAGCCUUGUAAGUCCCAAGGAUCUCCCGCCCGAGUAGACCCCAAAAGAGAUCUCGAAUAGAUCCGGCGAUAUGAGCGCGAAAGAAGGCGAUCGGCCGCGACCCGGCGACAGGAUAGGCACGGAGCGGUUCGAGCGAGAGAGCGGCGCGUCGGGGAGCGGCGCCGGCGAGGAUGGCGGCGCGAUCCGCGUGGUGGUGGUGGGCAACCAGGGCACGGGCAAGACGUCGCUCAUCAUCUCGUGCCUCACAGAGGCCUUUCCGGAAGAGCCCGUCCCCGUGCUGCCGCCCACUCGCUACCUCGCCGACUCGUUUUCGGAUAAAAUCCCGCUCCUGAUCGUCGACACUUCGUCAAGGCGCGAGGAGCGGGGCGCGGUGGAGGCGGAGCUGCGCGCGGCGGACGCGGUGGUGAUCACGUUCGCGUGCGACGACCAGGCGUCGCUCAACUCCGUGUCGUCCUACUGGCUGCCGCUCCUCAGACAACUGCAGGUGCCCGUGCCAGUGGUGGUGGUGGGGUGCAAGCUCGACCUACGGGGGGUGCCGGGCGCAGUAGCGGGGGGAGGGGGAGCGGCGGCGGGGGCGGGGGGGGCAGGGGGCGCGGGGGGCAUGGUGGCGCAGCAGCCGCUGGACGUGCUGGUGGCGCCCAUCAUGGACGAGUUCAAAGAGGUCGAGACGUGCCUCGAGUGCUCCGCGCUCCGACGCAUACAGGUAGCGGAGGUGUUCUUCUUUGCGCAGCGGGCGGUGCUGCACCCCACGGGCCCGCUGUUCGACCGCCAGACGCAGGCGCUGCGGCCGGCGUGUGUGCGCGCGCUGAUGCGCAUCUUCAUGCUGUGCGACGUGGACGGGGAUGGCGUGCUCUCCGACAACGAGCUCAACGCCUUCCAGGUGGAGUGUUUCUCGGUGCCUUUGCAGCCAGCGGAGCUCGUAGGCGUGAAGCGAGUGGUGGCAGAGAAAAUGGUGGACGGAGUAGCGGCGAACGGGCUGACGCUGACGGGCUUCCUCUUCCUGCACGCGCUCUUCAUCGAGCGCGGCCGCCUCGAGACCACGUGGACCGUGCUGCGCAAGUUCGGGUACUCGUCCACGCUGCACCUGCGCGCCGAGAUCACGCAGCUGCCCUCCAAGCCCCUGCCGGACCAGAGCGUGGAGCUAUCGACCAAGGCGCUGGAGUUUGUGUGUGCGCGGUUCAGAGCGUUCGACAACGACCAGGACGGCGCCCUCAACACCAGCGAGCUGAACAACCUCUUCAGCACCGCACCCAACAGCCCAUGGGAGGAGGCGCCAUACCUGGGGGCGGCAGAGGCAUCACCAUCAGGGGCGCUCACCUUCAGCGGCUACCUCUCCCUUUGGUCGUUGAUGGCGCUGCUGCACCCCGAGCGCGCCAUAGAGUAUCUGCUGUACCUGGGCUUCCCCUCGGACCUCGCCCCCUCCGCGCUCACCUUCACGCGGCGGCGCCGCAGCGACCGCAAGGCAGGCAGCACGCAGCGCCGCGUGCUGCAGUGCCUAGUGGUGGGGCCGGCUCAGGCGGGGAAGACAGCGCUGCUCAACUCGCUCCUGGGCAGACCGUUUGAGCCGUCGCACAUCAAGUGCAGCGAGGACGAGCGGUUUGCUGUCAACCUCAUCUCCACCGACCCUCAAGCACACUCCUCGUCCUCCUCCUCUUCCUCCUCCUCGUCCACCACCACCGCCUCCUCCCUCUCCUCCUCGACUCGCGACUCCAGCAGCAUAGCCAGCCAGGACCUGGGCACGGUGGCGAGCAGUAGCACGGUGCUGGUGCUGCGGGAGGUGCACCCAGACGCGCUGCCACGCCUCCUCGCUGAACCCAACUGGCUCGCUGCGUGCGACGUGGCUGCCUUUGUCUACGACAGUUCAUCGCAGGGCAGCUGGGAGAAGGCGGUGGGCAUGCUGCAGGAGGUGGCGGGGCGGGCAGAGGCGACGGAGAGUGAGAUGCCGGCUGUGCUCGUGGCGGCCAAGAACGACCUCGAGCCGCACCCCGCCAUCUUCACGCAAUCUGCGCAGCUGUGCACGGAGAUGGGGGUGGCAGCCCCGGUGCCGGUGUCGUCGCUGCUGCACGACGUCAACGAGCUGUGGGUGCGCCUGGCAGAUGCCGCCAGGAAGCCCCAUGUGGGCAUCCCCGAGACGUCCGCCUCGCGCUCCUCCAAGGCGCUGCGCCGACGCCUGCUCUACCGCUCUGUCUCCGUGGCCCUCGUCGGCACAGCAGUAGCAGUGGUGCUGGUGGUGGGCUUUCGGAUAUACGCGGCCCGUCGCUCCUCCUCCUCAGCCUAGCACUCUCGCCUGUCCCUACACACCCUGGCUCUACCCCUGUUAGUUGCAGUGUACCUAUCGCAGCAACCACCCGUUGUGUCUCGGGCUGUGCUUACCAUUGGCUAAUCCACCAGUGCUUCAGCCGUUCCUGUUGAUAGUCCCGCUGUUCCUUAUGCUCCCACGGCUCCAAACAACCACUCUAUGACCUCACCACCACCAUCACCAACACCACCAGUACUGCUGUCACUGAUGCAGCUGCCGCCACCUCUGCCAUGCUGUACCACCACACUCAGCUGAUUAAUGUCUGAUGGAGGCUUGGUAAGGCCAAUGUUAAGCUUGAGUUGAGGGAUGUACUGUGAUAUGCUUGCAAAAGUUAAUGAUUUUGAUGUUGGAGUUGUAGUGCUAAUUUCCCAAUCAGAUGCAUAAGUUGAACAUUUGUAGCGACUGUAGUAGUUAUAAGCCCUUGUUUCCAUUUGCCACUAGAGUUGU